UGCACCACGUGUAAUGCACACUCUGGUUGUAACUCGCUGCCGGGGGGGUUGCAUUUGUGUAUCUGCAAUCAGCAGCAGCCAAUGCAGUGCUUGUCACUUGCAUCCGGCUGCACCGUGCGGGGGAACCACUGUUCCCCUCCUCUGUCUCCUCUCGUCUACCAGUCCCGGGCACCGUGCACAUCAUGGCUUCUCUCUCGAGUCUCUGCAUCACGUCGCUGUGUGUCCGAGCCGCGGGGCUGCGGCUGGCGGCGGUGCAGCAGUCCAGGUGGUUCCAUGCCAGCGGCCGCAGGCAGGAGGCGGUGGUCAUCUCGGGGACGGCCCUGGCCAGGCAGAUCCAUGAGGAGGUGCGGAGGGAGCUGGAGGAGUGGGUCUCACUGGGCAAUGCCCGGCCCAGGCUCAGCGUGGUCCUGGUCGGUGAUGACCCUGGCAGCCACACGUACGUGAAGAACAAGACCAAAGCUGCAGCUUUCGUAGGUAUUAGCAGUGAAACCAUCUUGCGGCCCUCCAGUGUGUCCCAGCAGGAACUGAUGGAGCUGAUCGAGAGGUUAAACAGGGACCCGCACGUGACUGGACUGUUGGUUCAGCUGCCCCUGCCUGCCCACAUUGAUGAGCGGCUGGUGUGCAACGCGGUGGCGCCGGAGAAGGAUGUGGACGGCUUUCACGUGGUCAACGUGGGCAGGAUGUGCUUGGAUCAGCGGGCCAUCCUCCCCGCAACUCCAGCUGGCGUCUGGGAAAUCAUCAAAAGGACCGGGAUCGAAACGGUGGGGAAGAACGUAGUGGUGGUGGGGAGGUCGAAGAACGUUGGGAUGCCCAUCGCUGUUCUCCUUCACACAGACGGGCGGCAUGAGAGACCAGGCGGUGAUGCCACCGUGACCAUCACCCACAGGUUCACCCCCAAGGAUCAGCUGAUGGCUCACACACUGUUGGCAGAUAUCGUCAUUGUGGCUGCAGGGAUCCCGAAACUGAUCACUGCGGACAUGAUCAAGGAGGGAGCGGUGGUAAUCGAUGUCGGCAUCAACCGUGUCCGUGAUCCAGCUACCGGCAAGACCAAGCUGGUGGGAGACGCUGACUUCAAAGAGAUCAAGAAGAAGGCCAGCUACCUGACACCGGUCCCUGGCGGAGUGGGUCCCAUGACUGUCGCCAUGCUAAUGAAAAACACACUGAUGGUGACCAAGAAGUUUGUAGCCUACUGAAGACUGAGCCAUGACACUGACUGACCACUUCACCUCCAGGGCUCUUUAAGUUAUUAUAGAAAAUAUAUCUCUUUUAACAAUAUUUAUUUAUAUUUUGCUGGAAGCCAUUAACGUGUACGAUGUAUAUGCUGUAGAUGCAGGAACUGCAGAUGCUAUUUUACAAAACAAAAGACAGAUUGCUGGAGUAACUCAGCAGGUCAGGCAGCAGCUCUGGAGAAAAGGAAGGGGUGACGUUUCGGGUCGAGAGUCGAGACCCUUCCUCAGACUGAUUGGUUUGUG